ACGUUUGUGCAAAGAAAAACGCAGAAAGAUAUUAGCAGUGCCGGAAAAAACAGUGUUAAAUCUAUUGUAGCUAACUGAAAAACAGAAUAAAACCCAGCAACCAUGUCGAUUGGAGUACCCAUUAAAGUGCUGCACGAGGCCGAGGGCCACAUAAUCACUUGCGAGACGAUUACCGGCGAGGUUUACCGAGGCAAACUCAUCGAGGCGGAGGACAACAUGAACUGCCAGAUGACCCAAAUCACGGUCACCUACCGGGACGGACGCACCGCCAACCUGGAGAACGUCUAUAUCCGGGGCUCCAAGAUCCGAUUCCUCAUACUGCCCGACAUGCUGAAGAAUGCCCCGAUGUUCAAGAAGCAGACGGGCAAGGGAUUAGGCGGGACGGCGGGAAGGGGCAAGGCGGCCAUUCUGCGCGCACAGGCACGUGGCAGAGGAAGAGGCGGGCCGCCGGGCGGAGGAAGAGGCAGUGGCGGACCGCCAGGAGCUCCGGGCGGCAGCGGAGGACGCGGAGCCUGGCAAGGAGGACCCACCGGCGGACGGGGACGCGGCGGCCUUUAGGAACCGACACCUCAACAAGGCAUUUCUAAUCUCUAAGUUGCGGGCACUAUAUUAUUAGCGGGCGGGUUGAACUUCUCCAGAUUUUUUGUAAAGUAUUUACCAGGCACGAAAGCCAAGAAUACAAAAGAAACUUGAAUUUGAAAA